AGUGUUAAUUGUUGUUUGGUUCUUUUUAAACGAACCAAUACAACAAUAAAAUACAAAGAGUAGCAUUACUUGAACAAUAAAAUAACAAAAAUAAUUAUUACGAUAUGGCAACCGUUGAGAAUAACAACAAAAGUGGUGCUAUUAAAAUAGCUGGAUAUCUUGAAAAGAAAAGAAGAAAGCGUGUGGUCUCCAAAUGGAAAAAAUAUUGGUUCGUAUUAGAAGGACGAUUAUUACUCUAUUAUAAAUCACAUUUUGAAGUAACUAAUUUAUGCCCAUGCCGUGGAUCAAUUAAUAUGGGUGUAGCCAUCAGUGUACGACCAUUGAAUUCACAAACACACAGUAUUACCGGUAUUUACAUGUUUGAAAUUGUAACGCAUACAAACAAACGAGUAUUACUUAGAACUAAAGAAAAACAAAUUCAAGAACAAUGGUUACAAGCUUUAUUGGAUGCGUUAGGUGGUCAACCGAAAUUAGCAUCAAGUCGUGUUCAUCAUUUUCGAUAUUCUUUGGAUAGUUUAACAUUAUCACCACAAAAAUCAUCACAAAGUGGUUUACAAUUUCGAAGACAAUAUACACUGCCACAAAAUAUUAAAAAUAUUGAAUUGCAUCGUACAAAAACAUUCUUGGGUCAUUUAAAAUCGUUAACUGGACGUCAUACACGGAGUUUGGAUGCAAUUUUAAAGAAAUCGAAAGAAACUGAAUUUAUGUCAACAAUUCGAGAUGAUACAUCUGAAUCAUCAAGUUCUAUUAAUGAAAAAGAUUUGGAUGAAAAUGAACCACAAAUAACAAAAUAUCGUAGUUUAGAAUCAAUUUCAUUAAAUAAAGGUCAAGAAAUUUUAAAAAAUAAAACCGAUAAGAAUGAAAAUUGUAUUAUUGAAAACGAUACAUAUGAAUGUGUAACAGCAGUUAGUAGUAGUACAUUAUCAACAAAUAAUAAUACAGACGAAGAAAAUUGGCCAAGUGAAAAUGUAAAAAUAGAAAUUAAUGAAUUAUAUGAUGAAAAUAGAAAUGAACGAAAAGUCGAGAGUGUAAUGAUUGAAAACUCUCUCUACGAAUUCGAUAACGCUAAAAGCUCGCAAGAUUCAAAUUCAAAAACUAAUUCAAACGAUACCUAUAACGCGGAAGAAAUUUAUGCCGAAUGCGAUAAUGAUAACGAUAUGAAAGCAGAUUCAAACAAAUCAUCAGAAUUAGAUAUUGAAACAAAUAUUGAGAAAAAAACUGAUGAAAAUAAUGAAGAAUGUUAUUCAACAACAUAUGAUUAUCUUAAUAAUAUGGAGGAAGAUGUUUAUGCUGAUAUUGAUGAGAAAACGUUAACACCUGGAUUACCACCGCCACGAUGUAACAAACAAAUUGAUGAUAACUGGCCAAGUGAAAAAAAGAAAAAAAUGUUUCAAUUGAAAUUUAAAUUUACUAAAAAAGAUCCCACAAACAAAAUAAACAAAUCAUUAACGCCUAAAACUAAGCAGAAAGCAAUAAGGAAAGAAAGUUUUAUGAAUAAAUUGUUCAAACAUAAUAAAAAGAAGGCAGAUAGUGAAGAUUCCAUUGCUAAGGACGAUAAUGGUUACAUGGAAAUAAAUCCAAUAAACGAUAAUGAUGAUAAUGAUAAAGUUUCACAGAAAACAAUAACUCCUGUUACUCAAAAAAAAGUUUGUGGCGCACAAGUAAUGUUAACACAGUCUACAAUGCAAGAACUAAAUGAAAAAUUGAACCUAGAACGAAAAAAAGUUCUUAGCCGUUGUUAUUCUGACGAAAAUGAUGGAAUUUAUGAAGCAAUUGAUACAGGACAAACAAACAAUAAAACAGGUAUAAAUCAGCUGUCUGGAUUUGAUGACUUUAACACUUCUGAAAUGAAUCGUACCAUCCUUGUUUUAGAAGAAAUACCAGGCUUACCACCACGUAAAGGGUCAAGGCAACGAUCACGAUCUCCAUGGCAUGACGUUCCAACGAAUAACACACCAUAUUCCAAACAACGUAGUCAUCACGAAACAAUAGUUAGCCCAAAUGAUUAUAAUAAUUUAGAACAUAACGAAUCGUCAUCGAAAGCAAGCUCAAGUAAUUUCGAACACUUGUACAGUGAAGUAAAUAAAUCUACUAAGAAAAAAGAAGAACUUGAAGAAAAUAAAAUCGAUUCAUCAGAACUGUCCGUAAAGCAAUUGAUUCAUAGAUUUGAUGAAUCGAAAGUUUGCGUUGAUGAUUCAAAAGAUCAAUUAAAGUCGACUAGUGCAGAUGAUGAUGUUAUCCUACGAAAAGAUAAUUGUUUAGUGAAUUUGAGUGAUGAUUAUGAAGGCCGAAAUUCAGAGGAAUUAAACGUAUUAUUAAAUGAAUUAUCGAAGAUAACAAUUGCUCCAUUGGUACAACCACGUGUAAUAAAUAGUUUAAUUCAAGUUAAACCUACUCAAGACAGUAAGGAUAAUAAACAAAAUCACCAUAGCAGUUGUACACCAUUAUCUGACGAAGAGUGGUUGGCUUUGGGUCCAAUACGAAGAAGACGAUAUUCUGAACCUGACUAUGAUGUUCCAAGAUCCCAUCGUUCUUUAGAUUUUGUACCACCGUUACCACCAAAAACCAAUAGCACCAUUUCUGAAUUGAAUACUACCACACCUAAAUUUUUUAAUCAACCACUUAAUUCCACGCCAAUAAUAUGUGAUAGUAUAGAACCACCUAGUAUUGCUGCAUGGUCUCGAAGUAUAACACCAGAUUCUUUAGAACCGAACGAUACACAUCACCAUAGUAUUCGAAAACAUGAAGAGCUUGAUCGAAGUAUGGGAAUUGAAACAAUAGCAAAAAAUUCACCGUUAGUUUCUAUCAAAGAAAAUGCAUUUGGAUUUUUAGAACAUGAUAAAAAGAAUAAUGAUGUUAUUCAUGAAAAGUUUUUCGAUUCACUGGAAAAUACAACAUCUUUUUAACCCUUCAAACCAAAGAAUUGUAUUUAUUUGGAGUGUUAAUCAAAGGAUUCAGAAAAUAUCAAGAAAGUAAGAUGCUACUCAAAAAGAAACGAUUAAUCUUCUUGAUUAACCGAUUCCUAGCAUAGUGUAUCAAAAUUACAUACGUAUACGUACGGGCAUUUGACCAGAAGUUGCAUGCGUAUAUGCUAAUACUGGUGGGCGGACACAAAUUCUGAACUAAAAAAAUUACGAAUAAAUCCGUUGAUUAAAUCCAUAAAAAAUUAUUAUUUUAUUAACCUA